AUGCUCGAGGUGGCAGUGGACUGUACACGAGAGCCUGCAGGCAGCUCCAGCGAGUCGAGAGAGGCUGUCGCCGACGUCGUCGCUCUCUCCCAUGGACGGAGCCGAAUUGCAGCUCUCCUCGUCUCCCUCGUCCGCUCUCUCCGCCAGGGCCCCAGGAUGGCCGACGAAGCACCGAGCAAGGCGUCGCUCGUGCGGUGGUGGAAGGCCUUUACGCGCAAGGAGAAGGAGCGUGCCAGCGGCAAGGGCCGGGUGUUCGGCGUCGCCCUCGCCGAGUCGCUCCAGUACGCCAGUGUCGCCAUCUCGCUCGUCGCCGAUGACGGCAACCAGUACGUGUACGGCUACGUGCCCAUCGUCGUCGCCAAGUGCGGCAUGAUGCUCAAGGAGACGGCGACCCACACCGAGGGCAUCUUUCGCGUUUCCGGGUCCAACAAGCGCAUCAACCAGCUCCAGGCCGUCUUUGAUGCGCCGCCCAAGUACGGCAAGGACUUUGACUGGACCGGCUACAGCGUGCACGACGCGGCGAGCGUCCUCAGGCGCUACCUCAACGCCCUUCCUGAACCGGUCAUACCUGCCGGCCUGUACCUCGACUUUACGGCCGUCCUCCGUGCGUCCCUGGGCCGAGCU